CGUUUCCCAACACAACCCGACGGUUUGACACAGCGCAAAGUGGAGGUGUCACGUGAAACGCAGUCAUCAGCACUGACAGCUGCUAAGUCUCCACCAAUCGGGAGCAGCAAGAAUGUGGCAGGGCCAGCCGUGUACUACCCCCCAGGACACACGCCCUUCGCCAACAAAGACUCAGGAUAUCAGGCUAGUGUAAGUUCAUUGUGA